CGGGCAGAGAAAUGACCCUCCUCGCGCCCUGUAUCACGCUUACUUCCGCUCCCGCCCCUCUAGGAAGCCGUCCGAUUUCCGGGGUUGGACGGUGAGGAAGGCAGGAUGGGUCAGAGUCAGAGUGGUGGACACGGACCUGGAGGAGGCAAGAAAGAUGACAAAGACAAAAAGAAGAAAUAUGAACCCCCAGUUCCAACCCGAGUGGGGAAAAAGAAGAAGAAAACAAAGGGACCAGAUGCUGCCAGCAAACUUCCACUGGUCACUCCUCAUACUCAAUGCAGACUCAAAUUAUUGAAGCUGGAAAGAAUUAAGGAUUAUCUUCUGAUGGAGGAAGAGUUCAUUAGAAACCAGGAACAGAUGAAACCUUUGGAAGAAAAGCAAGAGGAAGAGAGGUCAAAGGUGGAUGAUCUGAGAGGGACUCCUAUGUCUGUAGGGACCUUGGAAGAGAUAAUUGAUGAUAAUCAUGCUAUUGUAUCCACAUCAGUAGGAUCAGAACACUAUGUCAGUAUUCUUUCUUUUGUAGACAAGGAUUUGCUAGAGCCAGGAUGUUCAGUUCUACUUAAUCAUAAGGUCCAUGCUGUGAUUGGUGUCUUGAUGGAUGACACGGAUCCUUUAGUUACAGUGAUGAAAGUGGAAAAAGCUCCACAAGAGACAUAUGCAGAUAUUGGAGGCCUGGAUAACCAAAUUCAAGAAAUCAAGGAAUCUGUGGAACUACCUUUGACUCAUCCUGAGUAUUAUGAAGAAAUGGGAAUAAAGCCACCCAAAGGCGUCAUUCUGUAUGGGCCUCCUGGCACAGGUAAAACGUUAUUAGCCAAAGCAGUGGCAAAUCAGACUUCUGCCACCUUCCUGAGAGUGGUUGGUUCUGAACUCAUCCAGAAAUAUCUGGGAGAUGGUCCAAAACUUGUUCGAGAACUUUUUCGAGUAGCUGAGGAACAUGCCCCGUCAAUUGUCUUCAUUGAUGAAAUUGAUGCCAUAGGUACCAAAAGGUACGAUUCUAACUCAGGGGGAGAAAGGGAAAUCCAGAGAACAAUGUUGGAGUUGCUGAACCAAUUAGAUGGGUUUGAUUCACGUGGAGAUGUAAAAGUGAUCAUGGCUACUAACCGAAUAGAAACGUUGGAUCCAGCUUUGAUCAGACCAGGACGUAUUGACAGGAAGAUAGAAUUUCCUCUGCCAGAUGAAAAAACGAAGAAGCGCAUCUUUCAGAUUCAUACCAGCAGAAUGACUUUGGCAGUUGAUGUUACUCUAGAUGAGUUGAUAAUGGCUAAAGAUGAUUUGUCUGGGGCAGAUAUAAAGGCCAUUUGCACAGAAGCUGGUUUGAUGGCUCUGCGUGAACGAAGGAUGAAAGUAACAAAUGAAGACUUCAAAAAAUCAAAAGAAAACGUUCUUUAUAAGAAACAGGAAGGCACUCCAGAAGGCCUCUACCUUUAACUGCCCCACCUUUGUUUUGGUCAUAGGUUGGGGUUAAUUGCUUGAACCUUUUUUUUUUCCUUCAGAAUGUGGAAAAGGCUUUAGAGAGCAAGGUGUUAACUGAAUACAAAAAGAAGCUUUUGCUGCUGAAAGUAUGAUAAUUCACUUACCGUGAAUGUCUGUGUAUUGUGGCAUACGUUUAUUGUGAAAUACUUUGUCAUUAAAAAUGGAUUUCCAAGUGAA